UCUGCCCCGAAAAGGGACCAAAACAAUACGCAUCACAAAGACUACAGCAAUUUUAGUGAACCGUACAGUACGGGAAAACGGCCGCAGCUCAGUGUCGCAAUCUCCAGUUGCUUUGCGAAUAUAUACUACAGUGAUCGAUUGAGAGAUGGUUUCGCCAGUGACAGUGGUGAAGAGCGAAGGCCCUAAACUGGUGCCCUUCUUCAAGUCUACCUGUGUCUACUUCGUCCUGUGGCUACCAACCUCAAGCCCUUCUUGGUUCAGCGCCCUCAUCAAGUGUCUACCCAUCUUCUGCCUGUGGCUCUUCAUGCUGGCCCACGGCUUCAGCUUCUUAGGUGCCCACUCCAGUGCUCGCAAGAUCCUGGCCGGUCUCAUCUUCUCUAGCCUGGGAGAUGCCUUUCUCAUCUGGCAGGAGGAUGGCUACUUUAGCCACGGUUUGCUGAUGUUUGCCAUCUCCCACAUCCUCUACUCCUCGGCCUUCGGUAUGAAGCCCCUGAACCCGCUUGCCGGCCUGGUGAUCGGCGCCAUUUCGGCCGUGAGCUACGCCCUGCUCUACCCCUACCUCUCAGGCCCCUUCACCUACCUGGUGGGGGUCUAUAUCGCCCUGAUCGGCUUCAUGGGCUGGCGGGCCGUGGCCGGCCUCCAGUUGGCCAAUGACCUGUGGACCUGGACCAAGAUGUCGGCAUGUCUGGGCGCUGUACUCUUCAUGGUCUCCGACCUCACUAUUGCCGUUAACAAGUUCUGCUUCCCUGUGCCGCACUCACGUGCCGUUAUCAUGGCCACCUACUACGCCGCGCAGAUGCUGAUCGCGCUCUCCGCCGUCGAGUGCCAGGAUGUGGAGACGGCAAGGAAGAUGGCAUGAAGAGGAGAGAGCGAGGUCGCGUCACGUGAUCAAGAAGAUGUGAUAGGGGCAGCCAAUCCCCCUUGUUUUUGUCAUGGACAUAUUCCAGAGACAGUUACCCGCAAACCCCCUACUUUGGUUGUAGCGUGGCAUUCGCACACCCUUGUUACCAUGGACACUAGUGUACUACCACCAGCCUGCCCCAUGGCUAGUGGGACAGUCAAAUACCCUAGUUACCAUGGAGACAAGUGCACUACUUUUAACCCUCAACUACUGCCCUACAGUUCUCGUAGAUACGUCCUAGUUACUAGAGAGUAGUGCACGACAACUCCCCCACCUCACUGCCUAGGAUGUUGGUACAGAUGACCAUACAGAUCACCAUGUCAAGGUUUGUGUGUGGGUGUGGGUGCGUGUGCGUGCGUAUUAGGUUAGAGGAUUCAUACUAUAUAACCUACAGAUGAGUGUGAAUUCUCAUGGCCUGCUACAAUAAUAGCACAUCUUCCUUCUGCCCCCCAGUCAUUGGCUGCCCUCUCCACCCCAUUUACAGUAUAAUGUGGUCCAAUAUUGCAAAUUCAAAUGGAUGUACUUCCUGUGGCAUAUUGUCUUUGCAACUAUUUUAUCACCAUUAUUUAAUUUAUCUCUGAAAAGGGAGUUGUUAUAGUGAAUAAGUUUGCACAUCUCGACUUGUUAUGGGGGAGGUUGUGUCCCGUAACUGCUGUCUGUUCUCAUGUAUUUAGGUGCUGUUCUCAAAGUCUGGAGCACAUCCACCCUCCUUUUUUUACUGAUUUUAGUCUCUUCACUUUCACUUAAGACAAACUGCCUUUUGUACUUCUGCUCGCCACACUCCUAUUAGAAUACAACCUCUCUCCUGUGUCUAUGAGCCUAUGAAAAUUGCUGUGAAUGUCUACGCACACACACAGAGAGAGAGAGAGAGAAUUCGUGGACUUUUACCUAGCUAGCUGUUGCUAAAUCAUUUGUCCUGGAAUAUGAACAUUGGGUUGCUAUUGUAACUGAAAUCCAUAUGGUCCUUCUAUCUGCUGGAUCUUUGUAGAAUUUUGUACCCAUUUUGAGUCCCACAAAAUCGUGUGUUCUCUACUCCGACAAUGAAUCGAAAGGUAAAAGGGAAAACCUAGUAUGUUUUCUUUGAUUCAUCUCUCCUCAUUCAUUCCUCUUUGGAUUUUAUAUGACUGUUGGCAACCGGCAUUAAGGCUCAUGACCUCAUGACCUGUGGACCUGCUUCAUCUUUCAAUCACUCACGUGGGUUUGUAUGAUCCUAAAAACCAAGGCGGAGAUUGGAGAGGCAUGACUUGCCGCGCCAAAUAGAACCAAGUUCUAUUUUAGUGCUAUGCAGAUGACGUGCGUGAGCAGUUUCGAUGACAUUAUUGAAUAACAUGUAUGUCUACAUUUAUUUUUUUUCAACACUCGCGCAUGCGAACGUGGCCGGUUUGGUCAGCAUGUGAGAGAGAUCAUUUGAGAGCGCCUGCUCUAGUAUUUUACCACAGUCAUACUGAUCACUCAAAAGGCUGGUCCCUAAGGGGAACAUUUUUCUUAGGUGUGUGUGUGUACCCUCUGUACCUGAGGCAUCUCACAGUGUUCCUCCUUUACUGUUUAUGAUACCCUGAACACGCACAAACACACACCACAUAUACACGCUUCCUUCAGGUCACACUUCAUACCCCCAGCUCCUGCUGGUUUGGUUAUUAGAAGAAGGCUGGUGGUGCCCUUAUUGCUGGAACAUUUUCAGCUACCAACUGUGUGCCUAUGGCCAUAUAAAGUGUUACGAAAAGGACAUGUUGGCUGAAGCCAGUCCUUGUUUUGUCUGCAGUGUUUGGGCCUUCAGAGAAGAACACAGCCCUAGGACACCCUGGUCCCUUAGUGUCCAAACACAGCCAAAAAAGAGAGAGAAGACUGGCCAAUGGUUUCAUUAGCACAAGGGAACAAUUAUACCACUCAAUCCCGAUUGGUUAUAUCCCCCUAGAUAGAUAUGCAGCUAUGACACUUAUCUGUCAUAGUAUUUCUCUCUGUUGCACCAGCUAUAGGGCCAUCUUUGCUGAGUUAUUGUGCUGUCUGUUUGAAGCAUUUUGACUGAAAAAAUGUCCGUGUGUAUUUAAGAAAUGUUACAAAACAGAUACAUUGUUAUACUUGUUGCAUGUUAUUUUAGUGUGUUUGUGUGUACUGUAUGUGUGUGCGUGCGUGUAGGUGUGUGUCGAGCUCCCACUAGGGCCGUGGCAGAAUUGCUGUGAACUAUCAUUUUGCUUGAACAUUGGCUGAAUGUCCAUCAUACCGGCGUAUUCCUAUUUCGUGAUAUUUUCCCAAAAUCCUUUGGCAUUUUCUCUUCAGUCUUCCAAUCUUCCUAUUAAUGGAUAUUGUCCAUAGUAUUUUCACCUGCUAUUACCUUUUCCCUUGCUGUCUCUUUCCUUUCUAUGACACCAUAAUCAGGGAUGACGGAUUAAUGCCAGGCCAUUUUGAUGUACCGUUUUCCCAACUAGCACAUAAUGUUCUGAGAACCAUAUGUUUCUUAGACCUUGGUGAGAAAGUGAUUGUCCUAUGUUUAUUUUGCAUACAACUUUUCCACAACUUUCUGGGAAUGGUGCAGGAUAAUUUGGAACAUUCUCAGCACCUUUAAGGAACUUGACAAGAAAAUGAUAUCUAUUCAGGCAUAACUUUUUACUACAGGUUUCCUCCUGGUUCCAUUUAAAGUCACGUUCUCAAAUUGUUCCGAGAACGUUAAAAAGAGCUUUUCAUAGAAACCACAAAACCUUUGUAAUGUUCAGAGAACGUUCUAGGAAUGUUAUUUAAUAACAUACAUUCCAUUCUCAGCAUCACCAAAAUUAUCUCUAUCCUCAAUCUUGUUAAGUGUGUUCAGGUGUGUUGCCUGCACCCACUAAUUGGCCCCACCUGGUCUUAAUGAGCGUUCAUUUCAAUUGAAAUGGGGUCUGUUUGAAUAAACUAAAAUGAACAGAUUUGUAAGCGUAAAAAAUAUGGCAUGCUAGCUCCAUCCUGGUGGUGUGGUGGACUAAUUCCAUGGAUAGAUUAUAGGUUCGAAUCUCACUGAUGCCUUGUCACAAUGAAAAAGAAAUGUGUUUGCAUGAUUAAUGCAUAAGGAAAUGUAUUUCCAUGUGUCCUAUCUGUGCAAGUAACCCACUUGUCAACUAUCGCAAAAUCAACAAAACAAUUCACAAUGUCAUUGGAUUUUUGGUGGGGAAAAAAACGAAAUUCCCCUCUGUUGACUUUUUGAAAAUCCAAUUGAUUCAACAUCAUCACAUGGAAACAUCAUUGAUUCAACAAGUUUCUGCCCAGUAGGAAAAGUCACAUCCAGUGAACGUUUUAAGGAAGUUAUUAAAAAACCUUGAAAUAACCUAGAAUUUCCAUUCUCAGAGCGUUAAAGAAACCUCCCAGGAAUACUUUCAAGGAACCAGAGUAAAGCAUUCUCAGAACCUUCUGAAACCCCAAAAUAAACCUUCACUUCACUUCUGUUCUCGUAACGUUUACCGGUCAGGAAACGUAUGAUUUAAUUCUCACAACCAAUGUGAAACCAAAAACAUACUUUACCACAACUUCCAAGGAACCAAAAUGUACUAGCUGGGGUCUCUUCUCAAACAGAAACAGUGUGUGGUUAUUAAAGGCACGCUGUAUAGCUUAUGAGUGUGUAGUCACUAUUUCUUUUAUACCAACUUUUUUCAGCCCUGCAUCCCGCUAAAGGAUGUUUGUUUGAUUACACUUUUCUAUAGAGAGUGAUUGUUGUAUAGCGCCCACAGAGUCUAAUGUAGCAUGAAGAAGGAUGCUAAGAAUUGAUGUGUUCUAUUGGUAUUGAACACAUCUAUCUGUUGGCUAUUGUUGUUUAUUGAUAUCUAUUCAGCUACAGUAUAUGAAACUAACUGACAGUUUACUGGAAUAAGUAGAGUAACUACUUAAAGAUGCAUACAAACAGUAUAUUGUAACAUAUAUUUAUUUGACCUUUAAUAGUUUUAAAUAUUGUGUAUAGGGAGUAUUUGAAUACUUGUGGAUACACAGAUAGAGUAUCCAAAUAUAUCGUACUGUUCUGUCCCACUUGGGCACCAACUGGUUGAAUCAACGUUGUUUCUACAACAUUUCCACAAAGAAAUGCUAUGUUUUUCCUUUUGAUGAUGUUGCAUCAAUGUAGAAGAUUAAUUGGAUUUGCAAAAACUCAUCAACGUACAGGAAUUUUGGAUUUUUUUGUCAACCAACUUUUAGCCUAAAUAAAAUGACAGUCUAAGCCGCAGAAGGGAUUACUGAUAGAUCAAGAUUCUAAAUGAGGGGAAGCACGAGCUCGCCUUAAUGCAACAAAAGUCAAACUUUAAUUCAACCAUUCUCCUAUUUGUUUAAAAUGCAAUUUUGUACUGUUACAGUUGUACAUUUUUAAAUAAAAGCUUAAACGAACGAUCUCUGUCAUUGUUUAAACCAGUGACAGUUCAGGUUCUUUCAACCGCAUUCAUACUACUCGGCCUGUCUGCCGCUCUCUCUGUCUGUCUUGAGCUUUCGCAAGCAAACUUGCAAAAUUGUAUCGACUGGGUCAAGCCAGCUAUCAAACUUGCAACAUUGUUUCAACUGAGCUCUCAGUUUCCCACGGCAAUGACAGGCAGGUCACCCAUGUUACAAGUCAGUAUUCGAUGUCCAUCCAUGUCUGAGGACGUUGGUUGGUGACAUAAAAACUGGCCACUAGGGACAACAGUAUGUAUCUCCUUGGAUCUCUAUCAUGGACUAGUAACCAAACCACAUAAUUGGAGUUCUAAGUCUAUGUGUAGAAAAUUCUCUAGAGUUCUAGACACCUGGAAAACCUCUCUUUGUACAGUCAGCCCUUUGUUGUAGUGCACUACAUAGGAUGCGUCUGGAAAUGUAUUGCACCAUAUAGGGAAUAGGAUGCCAUUUCAGAUGCAGCCAUGGUGGCCCCACACAAUAAGUAUUCUAUGGGAUUUCCACUUCAAAACAAUCAUGAGAUGACGGACAAGGAGAUGAUUUUGCAGGAUAUUCGCGGGACAGUAGCCUACAUGAAUAAAAACAUUUGGCAGCCACACAAUGUAAAUGACACCAUCGUUUCUCAAAGUUUGUACCGAUAGAUAGCCUACAGAUAGAUAGCCUAUUGAAUAUCAUUUGAGAAUAUGCAUGAAGUCUAUUGAAUAUGCAUUAUCUCAAGAACAUUUAAUAUUUUUAAUUCCCUCAAACACCAAGUAAGGUCUACCUAAUUUCACAAUAGGCCAUGGCGUCAUCACUGUCAAUCGUGAACAAUCAUUCUUAAUGUUUUACCAGUGAAAUGUCCCAAAUGCGUCUGCAUGCCAAUCAUUUGAUCUCAAUCAUUCGUGAGCAAAUGAGAGCAGAUGGUGUUGAAAUACGGAAUGAGGUGGUGUUUUUUAUGUAACGUUAUACUAUGCUAAUUUGGUAAUCUUAUGUAGAAUACUAAUGAAUCAUUAUGUGAUCUUCCAAGACAUUGAUUCAGUGGAGGAGCGAUCCAUCCCUGCAGUCCGCAGCACCGAAUGAGCAAUUAAAGCGCACCUAUCCUACUCUGUUGCCUCAUGAUAAAUUUAGUGAUGCAGAAAUGAGAGACAACAUGUGUGGCUCUUUUAUGAAAAUCUGGGAAUAUUUGGCCAAGGACAUAUCUGGUUGGUCUCAGGGAAUGCAAAACAGGAUUGAGUGAAGUAGCAGUAAAUAUGUGGCCGACCAGCUCGAAUUCGGUCUUAUGUAGCAAAAUUUGACUUGUGUUUUUUACAUUGGAUAAAAGUAGAGACUCAGAGCUAGAAAAUGCUAUAUCAUACACUACAGUUUAGGAACAAUGGGAAAGUAAUUCUGCUUUGAAAGUUGAUAAACUUAUAACGUCACUUUUGAGUAAAUGGCCCUUGAAUGAUUUGGUACACCUACUGGAGAGCUCUUCUUUGUCUACCCCCAUUCAGCAUCAUUCACAUCCUCUUAAGCCUUAGCCUCACCCAUCUCUUUAAGGAUUCACAUGAUGCCAUGUACUAAACAACCAAAGAUUUCAAUAAUAUAUGCCAUUUAGCUGACGCUUUUAUCCAAAGCGACUUACAGUCAUGUGUGCAUACAUUCUACGUAUGGGUGGUCCUGGGAAUCGAACCCACUACCCUGGCGUUACAAGCGCCAUGCUCUACCAACUGAGCCACCACGACUCAAGACUAAAGGCUGGUUUAUACUACGUCUAUUGACAGUUCUUGCAGUGACAUCAUGAACAUUAUAUUGUUGUCCGACAUCAAACUUGUCGUUGUCGUUAUGAAAUAGUAUAAACACAAAAACUAGAGCCAACAGAAAACAGGUUACGGUUGUGAGUGUGAUGAAAUAAAAGCAGGGCAUUCUACCGAAUAAUUUUUUAACUUGGAGACCGUCUCGUUGGCCUAACGUUAUAUCCUAAUUUGACUUCUGUGUAGGUCAUGUUCUUCACAUUACCGUCUCUAGUAAACGCACAUUAUAUCAAAUAAAAGUGUAUUUGUCACAUGCACAGGAUACAGAAGGUGUAGUGAAAUGGUUACUUGCAUAGUGAAGUCUUUUGUUUAGACAUGUAGCCAGCUAGCUAAACAAUGAACCAUAAUCCCACCUCAUAACAUCACUACCCUGCAUGAAUCUGCAGGUAGCUAACCAACCAGGUUUAAUGUUAGCUAGCUAGUUAACAUUGGACUAUAACUAGCCAUGCAAAUGGCUCUGAGAUACGAAUAAUAUUACUACACAGAUCAUACAUGUAACCUUAGCUAGCUAACAGUACGCUAUAACUUGAAAUUACUUUCUUACUAUUUGAAAUGUAUAAUAUCUGAACAUGUAGCUAGCUAGACUAUCCUGCCUGUAUACAUGGAUGGACACAACUCCAUCUCUGUCAGCCUCCUGUGUGUUCUUUUCUCAACUGCCUCUACAUAUUUGGAAAAAACGCGAGAAUUUUCUCGAUCUCUUCAGCUGUCAUACUCUAAUUCCACCAGGCAUUCCACUGAUUUCAAAACUCGGUCCUCUAGAAAGUGGAGAGAAACACUUAUACAGUUCUACUACGUGAUAUUUGACAAAAAAGCAGCGUUAGAAAGGAUUACCUACACAUACUGACCAGCUCAUGUUAUCUUCUUGACGCUACCCAUCCCUUAAGCAGGAUAAUUGUCAUCAGCAACUGCUAAAUAGCAUAGUGCCUCAGUCAAAUAAUAUUACUAAAAAUAUUAAUAUUCAUGAAAUCACAAGUGCAAUAUUGCAAAACACAGUUUAGCCUUUUGUUAAUCCACCUGUCGUCUCAGAUUUUGAAAUUAUGCUUUACAGCGAAAGCAAUCCAAGUGUUUGUGUAAGUUUAUCGAUCACACGACAAAACAUUAAGUACACUUAGCAUCUGGUAGCUCGGUCACGAAAAUCAGAAAAGCAAUCAAAUUAUUUGUUUACCUUUGAUGAUCUUUGGAUGUUUUCACACACGAGACUCCCAGUUACACAACAAAUGUUCCUUUUGUUCCAUAAAGAUUAUUUUUAUAUCCAAAAUACCUACGUUUGUUUGGCGCAUUAUGUUGAGAAAUCCACAGGAAAGAGCGGUCACGACAACGCAGACGAAAAUUCCAAAUAGUUUCCAUAAUGUCCACAGAAACAUGUCAAACGUUUUUUCUAAUCAUACCUCAGGUUGUUUUUAAAAUAUAUAAUGGAUAAUAUAUCAACCGCAAAUGUCUUUCACAGUAGGAGAGGGAAAAACAAUAUAUGUCCAAUUUCUGUUGCGCGAGCAAAACUCAUGUGACCACUUGACGCGAUGUUAUCGUUCUGGCUCAUUUUUCCAAAUAAAAGCCUGAAACUAUGUCUGAAGACUGUUUACACCUUGAGGAAGCAAUAGGACAAUGAAUCUGGUUGAUAUCCCUUUAAAUGGAGGCUAUGGAACAUGGAGUUUUCAAAAUAGCAGCCACUUCCGGGUUAGAUUUUUCUCAGGGUUUCGCCUGCAAUAUCAGUUAGGUUAUACUCACAGACAAUAUUUUGACCGUUUUGGAAACUUUAGAGUGCAUCUGGGACAGAGUAGGAAGCAGUUCAGUCUGGGCACGCUAUUCAUCCAAAAGUGAAAAUGCUGCCCCUUAUCCCAAAAAGGUUAAGUUAAUUUUAGACAUCUCAGAAUUCCAAAAGUCAAACAGACUACUUAUCUCGCCAACUUGACACAAAGUAGCCCAAGAAACGUUCCUGAAUAAAGCCCUGAUCAUCCACAUACCUGACGAUAACUGACAACUGCAACAGACCGGUGCCACCAUAGGUCCCAGAGCGGUGGGGCAAUUUUUACCCCGUGGGGCCUGGAGUUUUUCCUUAUCUGUUAACCUAACCAGGAAAACUCUGGACCCUAUAAUGUAUGACAGCCAUUAAUCACUUGUAAAAUGGUUUUAUAUGGGCUAUGAUGGGACCAGUUGUCCUAAUUAGGUCACACGGUUUUUUUAAAAACUCCUGAAAAAAACUCCAGGCCCUAGGGGGGAUGAAAACCCUGUCAAACUGCAGCAACCUUAUAAUUGUUCAUAUUAAUUAUAUUUAGACUAGAUUCAGAGGGGGAUUUCCUCUACCCAGACACAGAGACAACCGAACUCACAGGGCUGAGCUUGCUUUAUGUAUGUUUGCAUCAUGCAGGCCUAUGCAAGUGUAGGCCUAAAACAUUAUCUCACAUUUGUCAUCACUAUUAUGUUGAUUGAUUUAAUUCCAGUUAAUCAUUUUGAACUGAAUAUGUAGCCAGCCCAAGUUUGAAUAUAAACCAAAUCUGAUCACAUUCACAUUUUCUCCUGACAAAACGUUACCACUUUGUUUACCCUGACCAGAUGGACAGGGCGCAUUGGCAGCUGCUAUUAUUAGGUGCCUACAGUUGAUCAGACUGAAAAAUCGUCUCGUUUCAUCCGAUACAGCAUGUCCAAUCUCUAAUGUUUAGGUGUAACCUAGGCUUGCUGCAACAUUUAUGUAAUGAGUUUUUGCUUGUGUCUGUCCGGAGUGAUUUGUGUUAUUGAUGACCUUUGCUAAAUAAAUACAGAAGGAAAGUGGAACGCCUACUUCUUCAGCGAGCGCAAAAAAAUGCUCUGCGUCAACCUCUCUCUUUAAAUCUCACUUUUAAUGGAUGAUCUGAAGGAACCCAUCAACACAUUCUGAAUUGAUUUCAACAUGCCAGAAAAGACAGUCGAAAGUUCCAUAUGUUAAGCAAGUAAAGCACCGCAACGCGCAAUUAGCGGAACUUCCUCUCUCUUCGCGUUCUCUAAAAGACAAUUCGUGCAUGCCCAAAAAUGUGGUGGUGUCGAUAAGCUGCUUCAUAACAUCCCUGAUUCUUUUUACUUUCUCGUUGUUACACAGUUUGAAUACACAGACCUUCAUCCAUUACACGAUCAAUGCAUUUUUUUCCCCCAGAUGCUUGAAUCUGAUUUAAAAUAAAUAUUAUUUCACCUUUAUUUAUCCAGGUAGGCUAGUAGAGAACAAGUUCUCAUUAUCAACUGCGACCUGGCCAAGAUAAAGCAAAGCACUGAGACACAAACAACAACACAGAGUUACGCACGGAAUAAACAAACAUACAGUUAAUAACACAAUAAAAAAAAUUGAUAUACAGUGUGUGCAAACGGCGUGAGGAGGUAAGGCAAUAAAUAGGCCAUAAUAGCGAAGUAAUUACAAUUUAUCAAAUUAACACUGGAGUGAUAAAUGUGCAGAUGAUGAUGUGCAAGUAGAAAUACUGGAGUGCAAAAAGUAAAUAAAAGCAAUAUGGGGAUGAGGUAGGUAGAUUGGAUGGGCUAUUUACAGAUGGGCUGUGUACAGCUGCAGCGAUCGGUUAGCUGAUGUUUAAAGUUAGUGAGGGAGAUAUAAGUCUCCAACUUCAGCAAUUUUUGCAAUUCGUUCAAGUCAUUGGCUGCAGAGAACUGGAAGGAAAGGUGUCCAAAGGAGGUAUUGGCUUUAGGGAUGACCAGUGAGAUAUACCUGCUGGAGCACGUGCCACAGGUGGGUGUUGUUAUCGUGACCAGUGAGCUUAGAUAAGACAGAGCUUUAUCAAGCAAAGACUUAUAGAUGACCUGGGGUCAGUGGGUCUGGCGACGAAUAAGUAGCGAGGGCCAGCCGACGAGAGCAUACAAAACGGAUGGCACUGUGAUAGACAGCAUUCAGAUUGCUGAGUAGAGUGUUGGAGGCUAUUUUGUAAAUUACAUCGCUGAAGUCGAGGAUCGGUAGGACAGUCAGUUUUACGAGGGUAUGUUUGGCGCCGUGGGUUGAGGAGUUUUUGUUGUGAAAUAGGAAGCCGGUUCUAGAUUUCAUUUUGUAUUGGAGAUGCUUAAUAUGAGUCUGGAAGGAGAGUUUACAGUCUAGCCAGACACCUAGGUAUUUGUAGUUGUCCACAUAUUCUAAGUCAGAACCGUCCAGAAUAGUGAUGCUAGUCGGGCAGGCGGGUGCGGGCAGCGAUCGGUUGAAAAGCAUGCAUUUAGUUUUACUAGCGUUUAAGAGCAAUUGGAGGCCACGGAAGGAGUGUUGUAUGGCAUUCAAGCUCGUUUGGAGGUUUGUUAACACAGUGUCCAAAGAAGGGCCAGAUGUGUACAGAAUGGUGUCGUCUGCAUAGAGCUGGAUCAGGGAAUCACCCGCAGCUAGAGCGACCUCAUUGAUAUAUACAGAGAAAAGAGUCAGCCCGAGAAUUGAACCCUGUGGUAGCCCAUAGAGACUGCCAGAGGUCCGGACAACAGGCCCUCCAAUUUGACACACUGAAGUCUAUCUGAGAAGUAGUUGGUGAACCAGGCGAGUCAGUCAUUUGAGAAACCAAGGCUGUUGAGUCUGCCGAUAAGAAUACGGUGAUUGACAGAGUCGAAAGCCUUGGCCAGAUCGAUGAAGACGAAUUCAGAAUUCAGAAUUCAGACACGGCUAGGACAUCAGGGUUGGCGGAGUGUGCUAAAGCAGUGAGUAAAAAACUUAGCGAGGAGGCUUCUGAUGUUAACAUGCAUGAAACCAAGGCUUUUACGGUUACAGAAGUGAACAAAUAAGAGCGCACAGGUCCUGGGUUAACCUCCACAUCACCCGAGGAACAGAGGAGGAGUAGGAUGAGGGUACGGCUAAAGGCUAUCAAAACUGGUCGUUGAGGACAGAGAAUAAAAGGAGAAGAUUUCUGGGCGUGGUAGGAUAGCUUCAGGGCAUAGUGUACAGACAGGGGUAUGGUAGGGUGUGGGUACAGUGGAGGAAAACCUAGGCAUUGAGUGACGAUAAGAGAGGUUGCAUCUCUGGAUGCACUAGUUAUGGUGGGUGAGGUCACUGCAUGUGUGGGAGGUGGGACAAAAGAGGUAUCUGAGGCAUGUUGAGUGGGACUAGGGGCUCCACAGUAAACUAAAACAAUAAUAACUAUCCUAAACAACAGUAUACAAGGCAUAUUGACAUUAGAGAGAGACAUAAAGUGAGGCAUAAAGCAAUCACAGGUGUUGAUUGGGAGAGCUUGCUAAGACAACAACGGGUAAGACAACAACAGCUAAUCAGCUAAGACAACAACAACAGGUAAAAUGGCGAUGAAUGGGCAGAGGGUCAGUUAACUACACACAGGGCCUGAGUUUGAGGCUGGGGCCGACAGAUAAACAAAAAUAAAGUUCUGUGAUUAAUGAACAGUCCAGCAGACAUCAGCUAUGUAGCCAAGUGAUCAUAGGGUCCAGUGAACAGCAAUAGACGAGACAUGGAAGCCGCUGGGUAGUCGUUACUACGCUAGCAAGCGGCAGACACGGCGUUCCAAAAAAUAAAGAGUUAGCAGGCCAGGGCUAGUAGAAGCGUCUGCUCCGAUGUCCGCCAAAGGCCGGAUAGAUUACGUCGGCAGACCGGUUGUGAUGGAACAGCAGGGCUCCGUGUCGACAAAGGGUCCGGGCCAGUUGGCAAAAGAGGUAUUGUAGCUGGAGUAAUUUAGUUUGCUAGCCGGGAGAUGCGCCUGGCUCGCGGCUAACUGGUGCUAGCUUUGGGACAAGAGUGUUAGCGACUAUAGCCACUCGGUAGCAGCUAGCUAGCAGCGAUGAUCCGAUGCAAGAAUUCAGUGGAGUAGUGGAUUCUAGUCGUGUUAGUGAAGAGUCCAGGAGGCAUCAGCUGUAUAGCCAAGUGAUCACUGAGCAGGCCGGGAGGUGGGCCUGGCUCAAAGCUAGCUUCGGAGCUUGGCCACUCGGUGGCAGCUAGCUAGCUGUGAUGAUCAGGGGUAAUGGAUCAGGGGUAAUGGCCCAGGGCUUACGGGAGGAAUCCGGUGUUAUAGUGGAGAAAACAGUCAUAUACAGGCAGGCUGGCAAGUGUUAUCCAGGCUAAACGCGUCUGGUGUCUGUGCAAAAGGUAAAGGCUUCUAGCAGUGGCAAACAAUGACUAAAUAGCUAGUAGCUAAUUAGCUGUUUAGCUUCUAAUGGCUAGCUUCUGUUGGAGGUUCUGGUUAUCAGGUCUAAAAAUACCAGAUCCGUAUCACAUUGGGUGAGGUGGGUUGCUGGAAGGCAGAUUUAAUCUAAAAAUGAAAAAAAAAAGACAUUGAAAAUGAAUUGAAAUAUAUACAAAAAAGACAAAAAAUACUAAAUGUACACGGGAGAACAACAAACAACUUCUGCACAAUUAUUUGAUGACAUACACUGUAUGAAUAUAUUUAAUAUAGUCGUAUCUAAAAAGUAUAACUUAAAAAUUUCACUAUAAAAACAUUUUUUUUAAAUGUACUGAGGAGGAUGGUCUUCCCCUUCCUCCACUUGUCAGAAUGAGUGACUGACAAAUCAACCUUUUUUUCCAAAUUUGAAUUUGUUGAUAAAAUGCGGGACAUGAAUGUUUGGUUGCGGGACAAUGGGCCAAAAUGUGGGAUAGUCUCGCACAAUUCAGAACAUCUGGUCACCCUACAUGAGAUAUACAGUAUCUCCAAGCAGGUUAGGUGGUGAAAUAUGACACACUGGUAAAAUUGCCUGUUAUACAGUAGCUAGCUACUACUACCCAGCGCACCACAGAUGGCAGGCUGUAGAGCACCACUUCACCUUCCCCAUCAACAACCCUGUUGUUCGCUGCCUAUGUGAGACUUAGACAAAGGUAGGUGAGAGUCAUCUGGGAGGUGGUAGAGACAGACAAUGUUUGGGCUGUGAUGUGUGAGUGAUGAGGUGGAAUGAGUGAGUAGGCGUUGGAGAGAGGAGAAGUCUAUGAAAAUGCUAUUCCCAACUAAGCACUUUUCUUCUUUUGUUUAGAGUUCCUUUAUCACUUUCUCAUUCACUUGCUGUCUAUUGAAGCUAACAUUAUCUUUGUGUGGUUUGUGUCUGAGUGGAGAUAGAAUGCACAUUGACCUGAUCAUAAUAUUUCGUGUCACCUCUAAAGUUUUGAUGAUCUCUCAAUGGCUGCCUCAAAUCAUUUGGCUGUAUGCACAUUUGUUGUUGUGUAUCUGGAGGUUCAUUGACUCUUAACACUAACACAAUAUGACUCCUUUAAGGGAAACACAAACUCACAUGUUCAGAACAGGAUCUUGGGUUAAACAGCAAAACAUUUUACAUGGAUAAGUCCAGGUACUCCCUCCCUGUCUUGAGUCAGUUUUAUUCCAUUUGGUGCCUAAUGAAUUUUCUGUUCUCCACUUAACUUCAAUGCCAAUAAUGCACCACUCUGACCAGUGGCGUAAUGUUGGAUGAUAAGAGGCUUCCCACUGGUCACAGACAUCAAUUGAACAUCUAUUCCAAGGUUGUCUAACACAAUUUUAUUGAAAUGACUUAGAAACUAUUGUGAUUCAACCAGUGUGUGUUCUGCUUCAAAUAUAAAUAUGUAUCUUCUACUAUGGACAAUUGUCAUGAUUAAACAAUGCAUGGGUACAAGUAACUGCCCAAAUAAAUUAUACACCAACAUAAAAUGUCUUAAUAGGGUGUUGGGCCAAGGCCAGUAUGUAGGGGAUCUAGUUUCAGGCGUUUCUUCUACGCCUGUUACGUUAGAUUAUGGUGAUGGUGGGGGAAAACGCUGUCUCAGGCGCUGCUCCAAUCUCCCAUAAGUGUUCAACUGGUUGAGAUUUGAUGACUGAAACACACACCAGUGGAGGCUGCGGAAGGGAGGACGACUCAUAAUAAUGCCUGGAACUGCCUGGAAACCAUGUGUUUGAUGUAUUUAUACCUCAAUUGAGCCCGGCCUCCCCAAUUAAGGUGCCACCAACCUCCUGUGACACACAAACACAUUUUCAAGUCUUGCCACAGAUUUGAAAGCAGAUUUAUGUCAACGCUGUAACUUGGCCACUCAGGAACAUUCACUGUCUACUUGGUAAUCAACAGUUAGAUUUGGCCUUGUGUUGUAGUUUAUUGUCCUGCUGAAAAGUAAUGUCCUCUCUGUGGCUAGUGUAAAGCAGACUGAAGCUGAUUUUCCUCUAUGAUUUUGCCAGUGCUUAUCCACAUGAGAAAAAUACAAUAGGAUACUAUGGUCUAAAUACUGUAGUGUUAGUACAUAGACUAUAGUAUUCGUGCUUCUACAUCUGCAUUGCUUGCUGUUUGGGGGUUUUAGGCUGAGUUUCUGUAUAGCACUUUGUGACAUCGGCUGAUGUAAAAAGUGCUUUAUAAAUACAUUUGAUUGGUUGAUUGAUUGAUAUUGACUUUAGUAUUUUUGCUGUCUUUACUGUAGUAUUCACUGUAGUGUUUUUUUGCAGACUUGACUAUAGUAUACUGUAGUUUUCACUGUCGUGUUUUUGUUGACAUGCCUGUAGUUUUCCUUGGGCAGCCUUAUUAGGGGAGGACAUGCAGGAAAUGUAUAAAGGCACCCCUUGGUCAUGUUCAGGUGAGAGCUUUGUACCUGGAAGGUCCUUUGUGUGUAUAGGCUGUACUGUGUUGGUGCUAUUGGAUUAUUUCUGUGAGCAACCAUUUUGUGUCCAAGCUGUCUUGAAGAAAACUGUUUGCGGUGUGGUCGGUUGUUCCGAAUGGUAUGUGUUGAGUUUGACCAUCAGUGAAUUUAUUCACUUCUGACAAUAUUCAAGAUGUUCAUUAUGUAAAGUCACUGCAAUAAAUGUCCUUUUGUUUUCAGUUGGUUUGUUUGGAGAGGCUUUGCCGGUUUGAGGUCCAGGCAUUUUAUUUGCAUCAUCCCUCCGAUAUGGUGACUGUCUAAGUGAAGUCAUUUGUAUUUCUAAAAUAUCUAUUGUUUAUGUAAAUGUGAACAUGGUCAGCCGAAUAUCUGUGAAAGCACUAUUUCAGAAAGCUACCUAGUGGAAGUAACAGAUCUAAGAAAUAAUUUUGUUGUACUCUUGUUAAUGCGUGUUACUUAUCUGCAUCAAACAAGCAAACCUAAUCUUUUAAGCUUUAAUAAACAUUGCUUGUUCUUCA